ACCUUAACCUUGUCAAAUCCUUCUCACUGUUUUGGUCUCUUCCUUUCCCUCGACAUAUCACACGCUUACACACCAUUCUCUCUCUACAUUUGUAAGUGUGUGUCUUCAUUUUCCCCAGGUUUUCUUGGAAAAGAACUUUGUUUCUUCUCUCACUACCAGAGUUAUCGUUUUUAUCCUACUCCACACCUUCAAAUAAAACCUAUCAUGUAAUUAUAAUUCAGUAUCAAGUACCAGUAACUUUCAAGAAUUUUCAGUCUAACUUAAUACAGAAGCUUGAGAUAUGGAAGAUAUUUACGAUAUCAACAAGAUGAAUAUCCCUUUUGUAUCUUCUCCACACAACGUUAACGUUAACGUUAACGUUCCUUCUUAUUCUGACGCAACCACUUCAGAAUUGCAUCUAGGACUCGUUCGCGCCGUUACUGAUAACAACUACCUCCACAUGGAACACCAUCAACCAGAUCUAAUCGGGUCGGAUAUAUCGGAUCGGAUUAUCAAGAACCAGAUCGCCACUCAUCCUCUUUAUCCAAAUCUACUAUCCGCUUUCAUAGAAUGCCAAAAGGUUGGAGCAUCGACUGAACUCGCGUCUCUUCUGGAAGAAAUAGGCCGUGACAGCCACCGCACCGAGAGUCUCCGUCAGAUAGGAGAUGAUCCCGACCUUGAUCAAUUCAUGGAAUCAUACUGUGAAGUUCUUCAUAGAUACAAAGAGGAGUUAUCGAAACACAUGAAUGAAGCGAGUUUGUUUUUGUGUGAUAUUGAAUCACAACUAAGCCAACUUUGCAAAGGGACAGUAACAAUCUCAUCUGAUUAUAACAACAACCGUUCAGACGAAGCUGCAGGGACAUCAGAGGAUGAAAUGAUCUGUGGAAAGGUUGAAGCAGUUGAAGGUGUUCAUGAACAUUGUGGCACAUCAUGUCCAGGCGACAAAGAGCUUAAACAAAUGCUCCUUCGUAAAUAUGGAGGUUACCUUAGUAACUUGAGAAAGGAGUUUCUUAAGAAAAGGAAAAAGGGUAAACUACCAAAGGAUGCAAGAAUAGCAUUGCUGGAUUGGUGGAACAUCCACUAUAGGUGGCCUUAUCCGACGGAGGAUGAGAAAAUGCAGCUGUCAGAAACAACUGGACUUGAUAUAAAGCAGAUAAAUAACUGGUUCAUCAAUCAGAGGAAAAGACACUGGAAACCAUCUGAAGAUAUGAGAUUUGCCGUUAUGGAGGGUGUAAGUAGCACUGGCAUAGCAGAACCUCUAUAAUUUAAAUUUGCUGGAAGAAUGGAAUCGUCAAAGAAGUGUACCCUUUUGCUUGUGUUCAAAAUAUGAUGGUUAAAAUAUUAGCAGUUAUCUAUUUCAUAGAUCCAUGUUACAGGAUCUCAUUAUUUUAUGACAAUUUGUAUAGAUAUGUAUUAUUCAUGUUGAUUUGAAGACAAAGCAGCAGAUGCAAUGCAGUGAACAUACAUUCCUUGAUUCCUUGAUGUUGGAAGCAUACUUGGACACAGAUCCUCUUCUGCCCCUCUCAUGUUUUUUAUAUUUAAUCUCCUUGAAUGUCAUUAGUGAUGAUGACGAAUGUGAAGAGGUUUUUGUUUUGUAUUUGUGGAAAUUAUAUAUUUUUACAUAGAGAAGACUCGAUUUGUAUUCAUA